AUGCCGUACAUGGCAAAUACCAGGACAAUACCAGGACCCACGGCAAUCCUGCCUGUCGGGCCUGAAAAGGGUUUAGACGCCGGCUCCGCUGUACCUGGGCGUAUCACUAUGUCCUUGGUACUGCCCAUUAUUGGAAACAAUUACAGUUUAAUAAAUACCUUGAUCUCCUUCAUUAUCAUCUUGAUCUUUGCCUUCAUUCACCUGUUCUCUUCAUCCCCAUCUUUCCUUAUCUUCUCGGGAAGCCGUUUAGUGAAUUCUUCCAGUAACACUGAUCCGGCCCACCCUCCCCCAUAUAAGAGUGAUAUCAUCUACUUCUCUUCUCUUAUCACCCACUCAUCUCCCUCCUACGUUAGUCUUACCUUACUCUACGUCUACAUACUCUCUCGACUCUCAUCUAUAGCUACCAUGCCUCGCUUUGAUGAUGCCGACUUUGGUGUCGAGCCCGCUCCUGCCGGUGCUCGUUCGCCCAGAGAUGCUCGUGGCAGUGCUUCUGGCUCUCUCCCCAUCCCCAACGAGGCCGGCAACACUGUCGAAAUCCCUGCCACCAGAAGCUCCAUCAGUGAUGCCGCUCAGUUCAUGCACAACCUGAGCUUGUCUCCUUCGAUGCGGGAUCGUCGGGGUUCUCGCAACUCUUUCGGCACUUCCCUCCCUAUCCCCAGAUCCCCUCGUGUGUCUCGCCUAUCGUCUGUUCGUAAGGCCGACGCCGCCUCUGUCUCUCGUGAUAUCCUGGCCUCUCAGGUCCAGGACAUGUCCAAGGAGAAGGUGGCUGCCGCCAAGAACAUGGCGUUCGCUUUCGACAUCGACGGUGUCUUGGCUCACGGCAACCACGCCAUCCCCGAAGCCAAGGAGGCCCUCAAGAUGCUGAAUGGCGACAACGAGUUGGGUAUCAAGAUCCCUUAUAUCCUCCUCACCAACGGUGGUGGCAAGACUGAAGCCUCCCGUUGCGAGCAGCUUUCCGAGAUCCUGGAGGUGCCUAUCUCGACCGACCAGUUCAUCCAGUCUCAUACUCCAAUGCAGGCAUUGUCCGAGUACUACGAGACUGUCCUCGUCCUAGGUGGUGAGGGUCAGAAGAUCCGUGAGGUCGCUGAGAACUACGGCUUCAAGAACGUCGUUCACCCCAAGGAUAUCCUUGCCUGGGACCCUACCAUCUCUCCCUGGCGCACAUUCACAGCCGAGGACCGCGCCGAGGCCAAGCCCCGCGACUUCUCCAAGAUCAAGUUCGACGCCAUUCUCGUCUUUGCCGACUCUCGCGACUACGCUACCGACAUGCAGCUGAUCAUCGAUCUGCUGCUAGCUGAGGACGGCAAGCUGCUGACCCGCGCCAAGGACCCUGUGUCCUCCCGCAUCCCCAUCUACUUCUCCCAGGGUGACUUGCUCAUGCCGACCGACCACAAGGGCCCCCCUCGGUUGACUCAGGGUUGCUUCCGUAUCGCCGUCGAGGCGCAGUACAAGGCUCUGACCGGUGUCGACCUGGAGCGUGUUGUCUACGGCAAGCCCGAGCGCGCCACCUACACCUACGCCGACGAGGUGCUCAAGGCCUGGAUGGAGCAGAUCCACAACGAGAACCGCCUGCCCAAGAACAUCUACAUGAUUGGUGACAACCCGCAGUCGGACAUCGUCGGUGGUAACAUGUACGGCUGGAACACCUGCCUGGUGCGCACGGGGGUCUUCCAGGGCGGCGAGAACGACGAGCACAACCCCGCCAACUUUGGUGUCUUCCCCAACGUGCUGGAGGCUGUCAAGGCUGCCGUCCGCAAGGAACUUGGCCAGGAGUUCAAGUUCAAGUGGAACCCCAAGGUCAACCCUGUCACCCACGGCGAUGGCUCUUCCGCUGUCGAAUAA